AUGCAGCGAGCCGUUCCGCAGCGAGCGCGCCAGCUCUGGGGCCAUGCGCCGCGCGUGCGGUCCUUCCACAACCGGCACCGCAGACCAUUUGCCAGCGUCUCCGGCUCCGAGCAACCCUACGAUGUAAUUGUUAUAGGCGGCGGCCACGCAGGUUGCGAAGCUUCUGCCGCCGCUGCUCGCUCAGGCGCACGCACCGCGCUCGUCACGCCCUCUGUCGAAAACCUCGGCGUCUGCUCCUGCAAUCCUUCGUUCGGCGGCAUCGGCAAGGGCACAAUGCUGCGCGAAAUCGACGCCCUGGAUGGCGUCGUAGGACGCAUCGUGGAUAAAGCGGGUGUUCAGUUCCGAGUCCUGAAUCGCAAGAAAGGGCCGGCGGUUUGGGGGCCGCGAGCACAGAUCGAUCGAGCGCUGUACAAGAAGUACAUGCGCGAGGAGAUUGAGGGGUAUAGGGGGCUGAGUGUCGUGGAGGGGAGCGUUGCAGAUAUCAUUGUGGAUCGCACGGAGGAGGAGGGGAGGAAGGGGAGUUAUGGGAAGAUCACGGGGGUGCGGUUGGAGAGCGGACAGAUUAUUCCCACAGGCAAUGUUGUCAUUACGACUGGCACAUUUUUGGGCGGGGAGAUCCAUAUUGGACUCGACGCCUAUCCAUCGGGGCGCAUGGGCGAGGCCGCAACAUUUGGCCUGAGUAAGAGUCUAAGGGAAGCUGGAUUCACACUGGGCAGACUGAAAACAGGCACACCACCGCGAUUGGACGCAAAGUCGAUCAACUUCAAGAUCCUCGAGGCGCAAGAGGGCGACGACCCACCCAUGCCAUUCAGCUACCUGAACGACCGCGUGCAGGUAGAACACCAGCUACUUAACCACGAAACUCGCACCAACGAGGCCGGCCACGAAAUCAUCCGCCAGAACCUCGACAAAAGCAUCCACAUCCGCGAAACCGUCAAAGGGCCGCGAUACUGCCCCUCGCUCGAAUCAAAGAUCAUCCGCUUUGCAGACAAAACAUCGCACAUCAUCUGGCUCGAGCCCGAGGGCUUCGACAACGACAUCAUCUACCCGAACGGCAUAUCCUGCACCGUCCCGCCCUCCGUCCAAGAAGCAUUCUUGAAGACCGUGAAAGGGCUGGAGAACGUCAAAAUGCUGCAACCCGGCUACGGCGUGGAAUACGAUUACGUCGACCCGCGGCACCUGCGCAGCACGCUCGAAACAAAAAACAUCUCCGGGCUCUUCCUCGCGGGCCAAAUCAACGGAACAACCGGCUACGAAGAAGCUGCGGGCCAGGGCGUGGUCGCGGGGAUAAACGCCGGGCUGCGCAGCUUGGGCAAAGACGCCAUGGUGCUGACGAGAGCAGAUGGAUAUAUCGGCAUCAUGAUCGACGACUUGAUUACAAAGGGGGUGAGCGAACCGUACCGCAUGUUCACGAGCAGAAGCGAGUACCGCAUGUCCGCGCGCGCCGACAACGCAGAUACACGGCUCACGUCUCUCGGGCGCUCGCACGGCGUCGUCAGCGAUAAGCGCUGGUCUGCGUUCUCUGACGAGUCCGCACAAAUGAGCGCCCUCACGCAACUCCUCCAGAGCAAAACCAUGGGCGCCCCGUCCUGGAAAAUGGAGGGCUUCGAUGUGCGCAACGACAGCACCAAGCGCUCUGCAUACGACCUUUUGCGCAUGGCGAACACCACACCCACGACUCUCGCUUCCAUUCUCCCCGAGAUCACAUCCUACAGCCAGCGCAUCCGCGAUAGAGUGCACAUCGAAGCCACCUACGCGCCGUACGUCGCCUACCAAGCCGCCGCGCAGGCGCGCUGGUUACGCGACGAGCAACUCGCGCUCCCGCUGGAUCUCGACUUUGAAACCAUCUUCGGGCUGAGUUUCGAGGAGAAGGCCGCGCUGAAGAUAGCCAGGCCGGAAAGCGUGGGGCAGGCCCGACGUGUGGAGGGUGUGACGCCCACCGGCGCGUUAAGACUCCUGCAGUACGUGAAGGGCGUUGGGAAAGAGGAGCGUGAAAGGCGGUUCAAAGAGGAAGUAGAGAAGCGGAAAGCUAUGUACCGAGACGGCGGCGGGGCGGCUGCGGGCGUCGCCGUGGAGGGGUUGUAA